UUUGAUCCUCUGCGCGGCCCGUCGCCGAGGUAGAGCGGGAAAAUCCGAGCCGACUGUGGUGCGCCUGCUGGGGCUGCCCGCAGUGAUGGAGGAGGCGGAGGCUGAGGAGCAGCAGCAGUUCUCUCACCGGCAGAGACUAAAGGCAGCAGUUCACUACACGGUCGGCUGUCUCUGCCAGGAAGUUGCUUUGGACAAACAGAUGGAAUUCAGCAAACAGACCAUUGCAGCGAUAGCGGAGGUGACUUUUCGACAAUGCGAAAAUUUUGCCAAAGACCUUGAAAUGUUUGCCAGACAUGCAAAAAGAAGCACGAUUACCACUGAGGACGUGAAGCUCUUAGCCAGGCGGAAUAAUUCACUGCUAAAAUACAUCACAGAGAAGAGUGAAGAGAUUGCUCAGCUUAACCUGGAGCGAAAGGCCAAGAAGAAAAGGAGGCUGGAGGAUGAAAACAGGAGCUCCAAGGAGCCCGAAGCUGAAGCAAUGGACGGUGAAAGUUAAGCCCUGGCCACCUGGGGAAGGAAGCCU